CGUUAAUUUUUAUAAGUUUUUUUUACACUGUGACGAACGCAUGGAUAGAGCUGGGUUCAGUCCGACCAAAACUCCAAAAAUAAACAACGGCAAAACGAAGAAGAAAAAAACCAUAAGACAGAGCGGUCUGUGGUUCGUUCACAGCGACGCUUUUGAUUCUUCUUCGAUCUCUCCGCCUCCCACGUUUCUCCGCUUCUCUCCCCGUAUUUCUAAACUCCAAACACAAUUGGUAUUCUUCUCCUUUGGUAGAAAUAAAACAUGUGGAACAUUCCUACAUAGUUCACCCACAGAUUACAUGUUUCAAACUUAAUAAAGUAGAUUGGUAUGGAUGUUGAAGUAAUAGAUGUGGAAGGGGGAAACAUGGGAUCCCAUGCUGUAGCAGAUGAUAAUGGUGAUGCUGAACCAAAUGAAAGUGGAGAAAUAAAUGCAGCUGAAAAUUCUACAGCACAGGAUGAGGAUGGGGUUGCUGAGCCGCAUGUAGGAAUGGAAUUUGAUUCUGAAGAUGCUGCCAGAACUUUCUAUGAAGAUUAUGCCAGACGCUUGGGUUUUACCACCAAAGCUGGUCAUUGUACCCGUUCUAAACCUGAUGGAAUGGUUCUUGCUCGGGAAUUUGCAUGUGGUAGAGGAGGUUUGAAAAGAAGGCAUGCUGAUAGUUGUGAUGCAAUGCUUAAGAUAGAGUUAAAAGGUCAAGGCAAGUGGGUUGUGACAGAAUUUGAAAAGGAGCAUACUCAUUCCAUGAUGAAUCCCAGCAAGGUGCAUUACCUUCGACCCCGCAGGCAUUUUGCUAAUACUGCAAAGAACAUGGCUGAAACUUACCAAGGGGUGGGAAUUGUUCCCAGUGGUGUUAUGUAUGUAUCCAUGGACGGAAACCGUGUUUCUAUAGAAACAAAUCGUGGAGUUAGAAGUGCUCCACCAAUAGAAUCAAAUCGUCCAAAUAAGAAUGCUGGGUCCAUAAACUAUGCUGCUAGACCUUCAAAUCGAAAAAGAACAUUAGGAAGGGAUGCACAGAAUCUGCUGGAUUAUUUCAAGAAAAUGCAGGCUGAAAACCCCGGAUUUUUUUAUGCAAUACAACUUGAUGAAGAUAACCACAUGGCUAACGUAUUCUGGGCAGAUGCUAGGUCUAGGACAGCUUACAGUCAUUUUGGUGAUGCUGUUACCCUAGAUACAAUGUACAGAGUGAACCAGUGCAGAGUACCAUUUGCUCCAUUUACAGGGGUAAAUCAUCAUGGUCAGACGAUUUUGUUUGGCUGUGCACUACUUCUUGAUGAUUCUGAGGCUUCCUUUGUUUGGCUGUUCAAGACAUUUCUCACUGCAAUGAAUGAUCACCCUCCUGUCUCAAUAACCACUGAUCAAGACAGAGCCAUACAAGCAGCAGUUGCUCAGGUUUUUCCUGAAGCCCGCCACUGUAUUAGCAAAUGGCAUGUUUUAAGAGACGGCCAGGAAAGGUUGGCUCAUGUGUGUCAUGCUCAUCCUAAUUUUCAGCUGGAACUGUAUAAUUGUAUUAACUUAACUGAAACAAUUGAGGAGUUUGAAUCAUCAUGGGAUUCUAUACUUGAUAAAUAUGACCUCAGGCAAAAUGAUUGGCUUCAAUCAUUAUAUAGUAUUCGAAUGCAAUGGGUCCCUGUGUAUUUUCGGGAUUCCUUCUUUGCUUCAAUUUCUCCUAAUCGAGGAUUUGAGGGCUCCUUUUUUGAUGGUUAUGUGAACCAACAGACCACAUUACCAGUGUUCUUUAGGCAGUAUGAGAGAGCUUUGGAGAAUUGGUUUGAAAAAGAAAUAGAGUCAGAUUUUGAUACCAUUUGCACGUUACCAGUGUUGAGGACCCCCUCACCUAUGGAGAAACAAGCGGCAAAUCUCUAUACAAGGAAAAUAUUUGCAAAAUUUCAAGAAGAGCUAGUUGAAACUUUUGUGUAUACUGCAAAUAGAAUUGAGGGUGAUGGAGCUAUUAGCACAUACAGGGUUGCAAAAUUUGAGGAUGACCACAAGGCAUACAUUGUCUCAUUGAACAUUCCAGAAAUGACAGCAAGCUGCAGCUGCCAAAUGUUUGAGUAUUCAGGCAUUCUCUGUAGACAUGUUUUGACAGUCUUCACUGUAACAAAUGUACUUACACUGCCAUCUCAUUACAUCUUGAGACGGUGGACAAGAAAUGCUAAAAGUGGUGUUGGAUCAGAUGACCGUGGUGGUGAAUUACAUGGUCAAGAGUCUUUGACAUCCCGGUACAACAAUUUAUGUCGGGAAGCCAUCAAAUAUGCAGAAGAAGGGGCAAUAGCUGUAGAGAUGUAUAAUGCGGCAAUGGUUGCUCUUAAAGAAGGAGGGAAGAAGGUUGCAGUUAUGAAGAAAAAUGUUGCAAAAGUUGCACCUCCUAGCACUCAGGUUAGUGGGAUUGGUUAUGAUGACAAGAAGACUGCUACAUUGGCUUCAGAUAUGACACCAUUAUUGUGGCCACGGCAAGAUGAAGUAAUAAGGCGCUUUAAUCUUAAUGAUGCUGGUGUUCCUGCUCAACCUGUUGCCGACUUGAAUCUGCCACGCAUGGCCCCUGUAUCUCUUCACCAUGAUGAUGGUCCUCCUGAAAACAUGGUGGUUCUUCCUUGUCUAAAAUCAAUGACAUGGGUAAUGGAGAACAAGAAUUCGACACCAGGGAAUAGAGUUGCUGUCAUCAACCUGAAGUUGCAAGACUACAGCAAGACUCCGUCUGGAGAAUCAGAAGUGAAGUUUCAGCUCUCAAGGGUCACAUUGGAACCCAUGUUAAGGUCUAUGGCCUACAUUAAUGAGCAGCUUUCAACACCAGCAAAUAGGGUUGCUGUCAUCAAUUUGAAGCUUCAAGAUACUGAGACAACUUCAGGGGAGUCAGAGGUGAAGUUUCAGGUUUCCAGGGAUACAUUAGGUGCUAUGUUGAGGUCCAUGGCCUAUAUUCGUGAGCAGUUGUCAAAUGCAGGUGAGGCGCAGUCAGAAACACCAUCGAAAAAGCAGCGGAAGUAAAGAACUUAAAAUUAUGAUGUGUAGUAGCCAUGACUACAUAUCUGGAGCUGGUGGGGGUGGAGGUGGGGGGGUCUCCUGUUUGAUGGACAGGAAUUUGGAUGAUGAUGAUGAUGAUUAGAAUAUAGAUAUAUAUAUUGAGUCACCACUCCCAAGUGAGUUGGGAAUGCUGCUUCUUCCACUUCCAUAUUCUAAUGUUGUCAUAUUAGUCCAUGGAAGCUUCUUGUUCAGCAUAUUUGUACAUGUAACUCAUCAAAUCCAAUGGCUCCCAAGGCAUUGAAGAGUUCUGUUUCACUCA